CAGAUAGGCUCUCAGUCAUGAGACUUUCUUGAAGUGCAGGUUAUAAUGUUCCGGUGAUCCUGUAGUGGCGAUGAUGUUUUUAUCUUUCUAUCUCUGUUUACUACUUAUGACAGUCUCUGAAAAUGAUGCUGUUGAGAGGAUUCAAGCUUUUGUCAUUCCUCACAGUCACAUGGAUGUUGGUUGGGUGUACACAGUGCAGGAGAGUAUGCAUGCGUACGCCAGCAAUGUGUACAGCAGCGUAGUAGAAGAGCUGUCACGAGUCAAAAGCCGCAAAUUCAUCGCGGUUGAACAGGAGUUCUUUCGCCUCUGGUGGGCGAAUGUGGCAUCAGAUUGGCACAAGAAACAGGUGAGACAGCUGCUGCAGGAUGGUCGUCUGGAGUUUAUAAUCGGGGGUCAGGUGAUGCAUGAUGAGGCAGUGACAGAUGUAGAUGAUGCCAUUCUGCAACUCACAGAGGGUCAUGGCUUUUUGUAUGAGACUUUUGGUGUUCGACCACGUUUCUCAUGGCAUGUUGACCCGUUUGGUGCUUCAGCCACCACUCCCAUCCUCUUUGCCCUGGCUGGGUUUGACGCUCAUCUCAUCUCUCGCAUCGACUACGACCUAAAAGCUGACAUGCAGAAAAAGAAGAGGUUACAGUUUGUGUGGAGAGGUUCUCCUUCCUUAAUGGAAAAACAAGAGAUAUUCACACACACCAUGGACCAGUUCAGCUACUGCACUCCAUCUCACCUUCCUUUCUCAAACAGAUCUGGGUUUUACUGGAAUGGUGUUGCCUUGUUUCCUGACCCACCUAAAGAUGGCAUAUACCCCAACAUGAGUCUGCCUGUGACCAAGGAAACCGUGGAACCUUAUGCACAAACCAUGGUGGACAACAUUAAACAGAGGGCCCAGUGGUUUAAAACCAGUCAUGUUCUGUGGCCUUGGGGUUGUGACAAGCAGUUCUAUAAUGCUUCUGUGCAAUUCAUAAAUAUGGAUGUGUUGAUGAAGUAUAUUAAUACACAUAGUGACAAGUAUGGAGUGACAGUUGAGUAUGCCACGCUAAAGGAUUACUUCCAAGCAGUGCACUGGACAAAUAUGUCCUGGGAUGUUAGAGGAAGCCAAGACUUUCUCCCUUACUCAACAGAACACUUUCAGGCAUGGACAGGCUUCUAUGCUUCCAGGAAUGUUCUGAAAGGAGUAGCAAGAAGAGCAAGUUCUCUCCUGUAUGCAGCAGAGUCUCUCUUCACCAGAUACCGCAUCACAUACCCAGAUGGACCAGUUCAGAGAGAGUGGGCUCUAGACAAACUCAAGGCCCUACGUUGGGCUGUCUCAGAGGUUCAGCAUCAUGACGGCAUCACAGGGACAGAAUCACCCAAAGUGGCUGACAUGUACAUGCAACAUCUCAUACAAGCCAUGAUGGGAGCUGAGGAACUAUUGGCAGCUAUUUUCUUGCUUCCACAGUCCCUAAAAUCUUCUGAUGACAUCCAUCACCCACCCCAAACCAGACCCACCUCUGAGAAUAUGGACUUAGGAAAGGUUCUUGAACAGCAUAUCAUUGUGUACAACCCACUUGCCUGGAACGUUUCAACAUAUAUUAAUGUAUCUGUGCCAUAUGCUAUGGCAGUUGUGCUCGAUGAUGAUGGAAAGGCAGUACCUGCUCAGAUCCAGCAAUCUAUGGAGUCCUCCUCUGAAUACGAUCUGUUCUUCAUUGUUGAACUGGGUGGACUUCAGUACAGGAAGUAUGUUGUACAGUUCCCACAAUCCCACUGUGAAACUGCAUCUGCCUGUGAGGCAACCCAUGUGGCCAGAGUAGUGAAAUUUAAGAGGAAGAAUGUGAGCCAGUGGAAGAGGACAUGUAAAAAGUUGUUACCAGUGCUGAAUGAGUGCUACAAACUGAUGUUUGACCAAGAGACAAAUCUUCUGCACAGCAUCACAGAUCGGAUUGAAAAGAGGAGAAUUCGAGUGCAGCAGGAUUUCUGGGAAUAUGAGGCCAAUGGAGAUAUUCAUUCUGGGCCAAUCUCAGACAACUACAUCUUUACUGCCAAUGGAUCGGCUAUUCCUGCCUACAAAUCUGUGGCCAUGGAGAUUGUGCCGGGGAAAGUAGUCUACGAGAUCCGACAGUAUUUCUACAGGGAGGAGGAAGAUAAAAAUCACACUUACUCUGUGGUCACCAGAGUGCCUGUUGGGUUUCAAAGUAGACUGCCGUGCCACAGACUGGAGCAGAGCUAUAUGGUGGGCCCCCUAGUGGUGAACAGAGAAACUGUGUUCAGAACCUGCACCAGUCUGCAAAAUAACAGAACACUGUUUACAGACAACAAUGGCUACCAGAUGAUGAAAAGGACACACAAGACGUUUGUCAAUAACACAGUCGCUCGUAAUUACUACCCAAUGGUGCGAGCGGCCUACAUAGAAGAUGAUUCCAGCAGAGUCAUGUUUCUCAGUGAGAGAGCACAUGGAGUGGCCAGUCUGAACCAGGGUCAACUGGAAGUGAUGCUUCAUAGGCGGCUUUGGAACAACCUGGAGUGGAAUUUGGAUUAUAAUCUGACCCUGAAUGACUCCUCUGUGGUGCGGCCUGUUCUCUGGUUGAUGCUGGGCUCCACCGCUGCAAUAUCAUCCAUUUACCAACAGGAGGCACUAGAGCUGCAGCACAGACCAGUGGUUAUGCCCAUUGACAAACCUCAAAAGCCAUGGAAAAAGGGUGAGAAAUUUAGUGGGCCCUCUAUUCAACCUGUGGUGCUGCCCCAGAACCUCCACCUACAGACCCUCAGCAUACCUGGCUGGAACUACAGUCCCAAUCACACUCAGCACCUACACAAUCUCAUCUCAGGUAAAGAGAGAAAGUCAGAGAUAGACUUUGACCGUAUUCUGUUGAGGAUCACACACCUGUAUGAGGAAGGAGAAGACCCAGUCCUGUCAAAACCCACCACUAUUAACCUGAAGGAAGUAAUGUGGGGCAUAGGAGAAGUGACUGAAGUUCUGGAGCGUUCUCUCACUGGAACAUGGAAUAUAUCAGACCUCCAGAGAUGGAGCUGGAAUACAACUGAAAGUCCUCAAAAAACAGAGGAAACGGAAUCUUUCUGUGGCAUUACAAAAGACUUCAAUGUGACCAUCUCCCCGAAGGAAAUCAGAACAUUCUUUAUUCACUUUAAAUAGAAACCAAAAGAUAUCUUCUGUGAAGAUUCUUUUCUAAGAUUAUUUCGAACUUUUUUAAGGCAUGUACAAUUGGAAUAAUUGAAUCACAUGAAACAUUUCUGGUUUGCUGUAUCUAAAUUUCCUGCAUGGUUGUUGCAAUUCUCUUUCACGUUAAACAUGUUGAUUUUAAAAUUUGCUCUUGCUUUUUCUUAUAAAUUUAAAUAAAGAAUUUAUGUAGACUGCA